AUGUCUACCAGAGAUCACGAGGUUGAGGCUACUCAACCUCACCAGGACAAUUUCGUCUCCGAAGCUGCGCUGAACGAGAAGGAUAACUUCUCCGUGGAGAAGGCUCUCGCGGACACCCCCGAUGGCGAAGAGCCCACUGAGGAGGAGUCCAAGAACCUGCGCCAUGUCGCCGAGAACCUGCCCGUCUCCGCCUGGCUGGUCGCCGUUGUCGAGUUGUCCGAGCGUUUCACCUACUACGGCAUGUCCGGUCUCUUCCAGAACUACGUCAACAACCCUCUAGAUGGCAGCCAGGGUCGUGGUGCUCUGGGUCUGGGUCACCAGGGUGCCACUGGUCUGACCACUUUCUUCCAGUUUUGGUGUUACGUCACUCCUAUUCUGGGUGCCGUCGUCGCCGAUCAGUACCUGGGCAAAUACAAGACCAUUGUGCUCUUCUGUAUUGUCUACUUGGUUGGUCUGCUUAUCCUGGUCUGCACUUCCAUCCCCACCGCUCUCGAGCACGGUGCGGGUCUGGGUGGUUUCGUUGUCGCCAUUCUCGUCAUUGGUCUGGGAACCGGUGGUAUCAAGAGUAACGUCGCUCCUUUGAUCGCCGAUCAGUACAAGCGUAAGAAGAUGGCUAUCUCAACCACCAAGAAGGGUGAGCGCGUCGUCAUCGAUCCCGCUCUGACCAUCCAGCGUAUCUACAUGAUCUUCUACGGCUGUAUCAACCUGGGCUCUCUGUCGCUGCUCGCGACCCCCUACAUGGAGCGUGAUGUUGGCUUCUGGUCCGCCUAUCUGCUCUGCCUGUGCAUGUUCGCCUGCGGUACCCUCGUGCUCAUUGUGGGCCGCAAGUACUACGUGGUCCGCCCCCCACAGGGCUCGGUCAUUACCGAUGCCUUCAAGGCCAUUGGUAUCAUGAUCGUCAACCGCAACAUGGAUGCUCCCAAGCCCAGCUGGCAGGCCGCCAACGGUGGCACCCGUACCAACCUGCCCUGGGACGACCACUUCAUCGACGAGGUCAAGCGUGCUCUGGUCGCCUGUCGUGUCUUCAGCUUCUUCCCCAUCUACUGGGUCGUCUACGGCCAGUUCUCCGGUAACUUCGUCACCCAGGCCGCUCAGAUGCAGGGCCACGGUAUCCCCAACGAUCUGAUGCAGAACUUCGAUCCCAUCUCCAUCAUUGUCUUCAUCCCCAUCCUGGAGACUUUUGUCUACCCUCUGAUGCGCCGUAUGCGUAUCCGGUUCCGCCCCAUCACGCGUAUCUCGCUGGGUUUCGUUGUCGCCUCUCUGGCCAUGAUGUACGCCGCCAUUGUGCAGCACCUCAUCUACUCGGCUGGUCCCUGCUACGACCAGCCGCUCUGUGCCGCCUCCGAGAUUGAUGGCACCGCGUUCGGCAACAAUGUCCACAUCGCCAUCCAGACCCCCGCCUACGUGUUCAUUGGUAUCUCCGAGAUCUUCGCCUCCGUCUCCGGUCUGGAGUAUGCGUACACCAAGGCUCCCCCCUCGAUGAAGUCGUUCGUGCAGUCCAUGUACCUGCUUACCAACGCCUUUGGUUCCGCUCUGGCCGAGGCGCUGACUCCCGCGGCCUUCGACCCCGCCAUUCUGUGGAUGUUCGUCGGUCUGGCUUGCGCUUCCUUCCUUGCCGGUAUCCUGUUCUGGUUUGUCUUCCACCACCUCAACGCGCAGGAAGACGACAUGAACAAGCUGGACGCCGACGACCCGGAUGCGCCUCCCGCCCGCGUGGAGCAGGAGAAGCAAUAG